AUGUUGCGUUACGUCAGACGUUCAUCCUGCCUGAUGCUGUUAUUGCGGUUGGCGUGUGUGCUUAUGAUAUUUGCUUUUCUUGUGAUGGUUUACACCUCUAUGUAUCUAAGUGCAUUUCCAAUAUCAGUUGAAGAGCUUGAGUACAUUGAUGAGACGGAAUGUCAAAGACAGCAAAACCAGGUAGAGGAAACUCAUGUACAUGCACCGAUAGUAAAUACUAACCAUACAAAUAUACCUGUCUUCAAGGACGAUACUGAAAAACUGGUACAUGUUGUAAUGAAAACAAACAAGACGUUUGUCAUUGAGGACAAUAAGCCAGACACCCAAAACUUGAAUAAACCCGAAAAGAAGAACAACAGAAAGUUAACGAAAAGGGAAAGACAGUUAAUAAACAACUUGAAAACACAAGUGGAGAAGUUGAAGCACUGCCAUGUGACUGAAUCUGAUCGUGAGUUGAUAAAAAGAAAAUUAAAUACAUUUAUGGAACAGACACCAAGUGUUUUAACACAGAAAAAUACUCAUGUCAGAGCUAAUUUGAAUGAGCCACAAAAAUUCAUUGAAGCAGGGAUGUGGCAACUGCUUCCAGAGACUUCACCUCUGGUAAACCAGCGGUUUUCGACGUGUGCUAUCAUAGGUAAUGGCGGCAUUCUAAAAGGAAGUAAAUGUGGCAACGAAAUAGACCGACAUAGUUUUGUUAUCAGAUCAAAUUUACCACCAAUUGCAGAGUUUACAGUUGAUGCUGGCCGUAAAACAAACUUGACAAGUUUAUGUCCAACAAGCAAGACUUUAGCAGCUCAGAAAUCAGGGACUUUUGACAAACCAAAGUUUUUAAGCAACGCAAAAUCCUACCAAGGCUAUAUACUAUGGAUCCAAUCCAGCAACGAACACCCACAGAGAAUGCCCUUCACAGUUACAGAAUUUCUACAAAAGGAAACACCACUACAAGUAUUACUUUCCAACCCAGAGUAUUCAAGAAAAUUUCAAGACUACUGGAAGAAUACAGGCAAAGUGUUCAGCACAGAAAUGACUCUGAUUAGUAUGGGGCUUUCAAUGUGUGAUCAAGUUGAUCUGUAUGGGUUUUGGCCAUAUAAUAUAGACAAUUUAGACAAUGUCAUUCCACGCGAGUAUUUUGAAAAUUCCCCCCUCAAGCGAAGUAAAACCCAUGACUACACAGGGGAAUUUGUUCGACUUCUGGAUAUGCAAUGUAAGGGUUUGCUCAAAUUACAACUUGGAAAGUGUACUGCAUAA